UAGUCAUUCCAAUUCACAGUAGAAGCUUGUUUUUCUGUUUAUUAGUUGUUUGUAGAAUAUCCUAGAAUGAUUUUCUGACCAAUGUAUCGAUAAUCAUUGUAUCGCCAUAUCGUCAGCUCAUCGUUAUCGUGAGCUUUGAAUCGCAAAUCGUAUCGUGAUGUACCAAGAGGUUCCCACUCCUAGUUAUUAUCAUCCAACAGUGGAAACAACACAACCGCUAUGAAACAGUUUUGUCAGAGGUAAAGACUCUUACAGCGUUGUCUCUGUGGUCUCUGCCCGCUGGUUGGUUUUUCUGCCUCUGUCUGCUUCUUUUACCCAUUUUGCAGAAGGGUACAACUCUAGAGGAAAGUAUACGAAGCAGCGUGGUGAGAAGAAACAACCCAAAGUGUCAUGUAACUUUGGUACAAAUGUAAAAUAGCGAUACUGGAUGUCAAUCCGCUCGAUACGACUACGCUAUCCUUCCAGCGUGUGUAGUUUUCAGUGCAUGUGAUACAGGACCUUUCUGACUAGCGGUCACCGGAUAUGCCUGAUAGAAAAUGAAAGUAAAACGUAUAGUGUUUAAAAAAAAAUAAAAAACUGCGCCAAACAAAUCAAGGGAGCGACUCGCUCUGGCAACACCCAAGAAAAACACUGAAAAUCACUUAGUCUUCUUCUUUUUCCAGUAGGAUACUACACACGAACGCUAUGAAAAUACUUUUACUAAUAUGUCUAAUGCCUAUCAGGCAGUUUUAUGGACAUUCUUCCACGCUUUUAGGGCUAACUCAUAUGUCUUGUUGAAUGUUCCACAGCUGUUUUUCAACCAAGCCCCUACUUUCUGACUUACAUUGUGGCGCCAACGUAUUCGUUGUUAUUCAUAUGUAUUGCUGUGUUUGUGUUUUUUUAUGUCUACAACAACCGCGUAGAUUUAUAUUAAGCUAGAAUAUAGCUGAUAGAUGUCUGAUGCGUACUGUAAGCCAAUGAAGACAUGCGUCGUCACUUGUCGGCCAUUUUGAGUCGGAGCCAUUGGAUAAAUAUAGACUUAUCACCUCUAGAUGGCGACAAAUACCAAAUUAAUAUAGAAAACGUUUUUGAAACCAUCGAAGAAGAAGAUUGAAGUUCUAACCGGAAGCAUACAUCUUUUGCUCAAUGCUCACAGUGUAGUAUAAGUCAAGCUGCUGAGCCGUUCUCUGUUUGUGUUCACUCAAGUUGUCGGUUGGUGUAAUCAAAGAAAUCAGAGAUGAUGAAGCAAGACACAGAGGCGGUCGCCCAGGGGAAGGAGGAUAUGCCGACUACAGCAGAUGGGGCAGAGUCAACAGUGGUUUCAAAGGAUGACGUAGACACGAGCAGCAGCCCUAAAGAGUCUGAAACAUCACUGGUGGACACGCCACCUCAAGGAGAUGAAGCAACAAGUGAAGAAGCAGCAGCUCAGUCACGGUGUGACAAGGCCAACGAGCUUAGCCGCCAGCUGGAGGACAUCCUCAACAUCUACUGCAGGGAAAGCCUUUCGGACGAUGCCGUCGCUAAUGACCAGUCGCGCGGCUCCGAGCGCCUUGAUGACAACGGGGGCAGAGGGGCCAAAGCCAAGGGGGGUGCCAGCGGUGUAGACAAGGACCAGAAGAAGACUCAUGAUAAGAAGAAAGCAAAGGGUCUGGGCAAAGAAAUCACCCUCCUAAUGCAAACUCUCAACACGUUAAGCACCCCCGAGGAGAAGCUAACAGGGCUCUGCAAGAAGUACGCCGAGCUGCUGGAAGAGCAUCGAAACAGGCAGAAGCAGAUGCGAGCGUUGCAGAAGAAGCAGACGCAGGUGGUGGCGGAAAAGGACAGCCUGAGGAGCGAACACAGCAAGGCCAUCCUGGCACGAAGCAAGCUGGAGAGCCUCUGCAGGGAGCUGCAGAGGCACAAUCGGACGCUCAAGGAGGAAGGGAUACAGAGGACCCGUCUCGAGGAGGAAAAAAGAAAAGAGGUGACAUCACACGUUCAGGUGACGCUCAACGACAUCCAAGUUCAAAUGGAGCAACACAACGAAAGGAACGCCAGCCUGCGCCAGGAGAACGCCGAGCUUGCCGAGAAGCUCAAUAAGCUGCACGAGCAGUACUUAUUACGAGAGGAGCAUAUAGAAAAAGUGGUGAAGCACAAGGACCUGCAGCAGCAGCUGGUGGACACCAAACUUCAGCAGGCGCAGGAACUGCUCAAAGAGUCGGAGGAACGUCACAAUACGGAGAAACAUUUUCUGCUACAAGAGGCACUCGAAUCUCAGCGGAUGUGUGAACUGAUGAAUCAGCAGGAAGGGCACCUCAAACAGCAGCUUUCUCUGUACACCGAGAAGUUUGAGGAGUUCCAGACCACAUUGUCUAAGAGCAACGAGGUCUUCGCCACGUUCAAACAGGAGAUGGAAAAGAUGACUAAAAAGAUCAAGAAGCUAGAAAAGGAGACGGCAAUGUAUCGGUCCAGGUGGGAGAGCAGUAACAAGGCUCUCGUGGAGAUGGCUCAGGAGAAAACUGUUCAAGACCGAGAGUUUGACGCCCUUCAAGGUAAAGUACAGCGGCUGGAAAAGCUGCGGCGGGCCCUCAAAUUGGAACGGAACGAACUCAGCAAAAAGGUACAGAAGCUCAGCGGCGCUCCGGCGCCACCCACCUCUGACUCUGAAUGCCCCUCUCCGACACCCACGGACCUUCUGCCGGAAGGCAGCUCAGGAGCCUGCGCAAGUGACAUCAGCCACAGCCCGCCUGAAUCCAGCUCCCAAACCUCCACUCGCAACCUUAAACUCAACACGGACAAACAAGGGAAGGUGGCACAGACGGUGCCAACGCAGGAAUGAUGUUCAGGAUUUAAGGACCAUAAUCCUUUGUCUCAAAUCAAAUUCCGAAAGUCUCACAUAGAAUCACCGUUUUUGAAAGUACUGACCUGUUGAAAUGACCAGCACUCAUUGCACUAACUGAUUUUGCAUUCCCCCUUCGACAAAAACUUGAUGCUUAAAGAGCCAAUAACGUUACAUUACAUGUAGUAUUGUGAACGCUACUUGAUGGGUCUUUAUAAAGAUGUCAUAAUAUUAGCCAGUAAUAUGAAUGUCCUCUACAUAUUUUGCAGUGUGCGUUUGUGUUCGGGGACCGCUAUGCAACACACGCCUCCUUGUUUUGAUUUUGUGGCAGUCUGAAGUGGAAAGCACUUAGAAUGUACUCUUUAUCACAUCCUACGAUAUAUUGUAGUCCGUCACACCAGAAUGAUAUUCACAGUCAGCAAGCUUUGAUUGUUACCUCAUGUCGAAAAGUUCAAAAUGUAGGCAUUUAUUUUUCCUUAAACUCAUAAUUUCAUGUUUAGACAUGAUUUUAAAUGCUAAGUAUUCUGUAGCACUGGAAACCAAUGUAAUUCCUUACCUUGUCUUACACAAGAUUCAUUGAAAACGCAAAGGAACCAAAGAUAUUCCUUGUUUCUUUUGCUGUGGUUUUGUCUGUCCUUCGAUACUUUCUUUUGUUCAAUAAAAUUCUUGGAGAC